GAAAUUGAAAUUGUGAAUUAUAUGUGAUUUUAUGAUAAAAACAUAUUCCACGUACCGUGAUAGCAUUCUCUAAAUGAAUUAAAUCGAAAUUGUGAUUUGAAACUAUGUUGACGUAAUUCUUGUAAAAAUUGAAUUAAAAUUGCUCGCAGAAAUUGUAUGAAAAAAAAAUUAAAAAUUAAAUUAAAGAAUUCCACAAAAUGCAUCAUAGUCGUCGACGAAAAAAACAACGUCCAAGCUAUGGUAAACGUAUCGUUGAUGUGUGUCGUUCGGUGAAUGGAUUUGGAUUCACAAUAUCAGGUCAACAACCGUGCAUCUUAUCAUGUAUAGUACCAAAUUCACCUGCUGACACAGCUGGUUUACGCACGGGCGACUUUUUAAUUUCGGUUAAUGGCGCAAAUGUAUCGAAGCAGCCGCAUGAAGUUGUUGUCCAACUUAUAAACGAUUCAGUGGGAACGAUUCGCUUGGCCAUUGCGGAAAAUUACUUUUCAGACAGUUCAGACGAUGAUACCAAUUUUGCUUGGCAAAAUGAUAGCGCCAAGAGUAUUCAUGAUAGUAGAUCGAGACGUCCAAAAUAUCCACAUCAUAAAGUCAAAAUGGUGAGAUCACAGCAACAGCAGCAGCAACAACAACAACAACAUCAACAACAAAACCAACAACAAACUCGUCGAAAAUCGGAGCAUGAACAACCAUCGGCAGUUGUUCCAUUUCCGCAGACGCCUGAUCAUACGGAUGGAAUGUCCGCAUAUAACAUAAUACACUCGGCCCAAGCAAGCAAUGACAGAGAUAUAAAAAAUGUUAGCGCUAUGGUGUCAUCGCUUAAGAACGACAACAAUAAUUGCGACGAACCCAAUUUAUUACAAUUGGAGUAUCGAACGGUGGUCGGUUAUUUGGGUACCAUUGAAAUGCCAAAACAAAUCGGAUCGAAUUCAAUGUUUCAAACGGUUCGAAGUUGCAUUCGGAAAAUGCGCCAAGAAAAGCGAACACCGACCGUGAUUCUUAUGCAAAUUUUACCCAAUUGCCUAAAAUUAUACAAUUCAGACAAUGUGCUAUUGGCCAAGUAUCCAGCCGCACGACUUAGCUACAUUAGCAGCAACAAUAAUAAUAAUAAUGGCAACGGCACAGCAUCGGCAGCUGCAAAUUGUGAUGGUGACAUGCGCUUCUUUGGAUUGGUUACAUCGUCCACCUAUAACGAUGGCAAAGUAUGUGAUUGGGGCGCAAGCAGUACAACAGCCGGCAAACAACCAGAAGUGAUUGUUUCAAAUAGUUGCCAUGUCUUUGUAAUUGAUUUAAAAUUAAUUGAGCAUGGUGAUCAUUUCACGCGAGCUGAACAAUUUUCAAUAGUGUGUACUCGAGAUCCAGUUACGAAUUGUUGCUUAGAAUUUCCAAGUACUUCUGAAUAUGUUGUGAAUUUGAUACGAAUAAUGUACGCAUUAAAUUCAGAUCAUGCCAGAUCGGCCGAUCAAAGGCGAUCAGUGCAACGAGUUCUUGAUAUAAAUGCACGUCCACAUCAUUUGCGAAAUCCAAAUGGCAGACACAAUUCCCCUCAGCCGAGCAAUCACAGUGAAAUCACCACCGCUUCAAGUAAUUCAGACUCUGGAAUCGGAUUUCACAAUGAUUUUACAAACGUCUCCGAUCGCAUUGUGGUGAUUGAUUUUCCAAAUCAUAAUGGUCAUAGUCAGCAACGGGCAGCCCCACGAUUGCCGCCAAGUUCACAGCGAAUGGGUCGAUUCAGUGAGCGGCCAGUACCAUUUGGAGCGGAAUCGGUGCGUAAUAUUCGAUCAACAAUUAACGUUCAAUCAAUAAAUGAUGUGCCAAGGCCCGCGAUAUUUCAUUCAAAGUCCCGAUCGUUGGACUAUACAUUGAACGAUGAAAACCAUUUGGCCGGUCCGAGCAGAAAAUCAAUGCCAAAUGCUGCUGUUCAUCUGGUUCGUGCCAUGCCAGAUCGAAUGACACCAAAAAUGCCAUUGCAAGAGAAUUGCGCUUCAAUGCCAAACUCACCGAUCAAAUACGAACGAUACGAGACGAUUUUUGGCACCGAUUCAGAAAAAACCAUUUCCGAUCAACAAGAUCAAAUUCCUCAAUCGGACGACGAAGAUGAGAUUAGUGAUUGUCGAAGUAAUUCAGCAAUGUUGACUGCAAGAUCAUGCGAUGAUCUCAUGAUAACUGCUCGAGCCCAUCAAUUUCCAAAAACUCGUCAAGUUCAACAAAUACUAUCAUCGUUUGAUGAUGUUUCACUGUUGGGUGAAGCGCCACCACCUCCAUUACCAUCACGGUCAAGAGUCAACAACCAAUCGGCCGACGAUGAUAACGGUGAUUAUGUAUUUUUGGCACCACAAGCACCGCCACUUACGAAAAAAGCAAAGAAAAAGAAGGCAUCCACAUGCAGCGGUGGUAACAAAUCAACUGGCACAAGUACCAUUGAUGAAAUCCUCUCGUAUAAAUUAAGCCCAAAAGUAUUUGGCGUUACAAAACCAAACCAUGGAAAUAAUAAACAAACAAACAACAAAGCCAAGAGACGACUUUCUGUUGAACCAAAAACAGAUACAGACCGAAAAGUGUGCUCCAUUAAAAACCGUGAUUUUAGCAUUUGGGGCAGCCUACAAGACUUGGAAAUGUUGAAUCGCUUAGAAAUUGGAAAUUCAGCCGAUCAACGCAUUGGUCGACGUGAUUUCCUUGAGCCAGCUUAUAGUGAACCCGAUCUACUGACUCGCACAUUGCCAAAUUCAUCAUCGCCGUUUCGACGUUGGGGCCAGUCAUCGUUUCGGUCACGUUCAAACGAUCUAACACCAAAUAAUCUAACAAAUCACCGGCCAUCUUCACUAGUAGCCUCAGAGAAUGAUGUUUAUUCAAAGUCGGCAAAUAAUGAUGAUGGUACAUGUUCGUUUAAGAGCAAAGGAAGCGACUCUCCUUCGGCGAGUUCAACCACGGUAACGGUUGGCAACGAUUCAACCAGCCAUGGUGUUCAAGUGUGGGGAAAUUCAUUUGAAAAAUUACUGGAAGAUGCGGCCGGUCUUCAUACAUUUGCCGAAUUUCUGAAAAAAGAAUUUUCAGCUGAAAAUAUUUACUUUUGGACCGCGUGCGAAAGAUAUCGAAAAAUUGCCGACCAUGCGCUCAGAACAAAAGAAGCGAUUGCUAUUUUUUCAAAGCAUUUAGCAACAGGCGCAUCGGAACCGGUUAAUGUUGAUUCGAAGGCAAGAACUUUGGCACAAGAACGACUUAACUAUGCCGAACAAGAUCUAUUCGUACAGGCACAAAAACAAAUCUUCAAUUUAAUGAAAUUCGACAGUUACCAACGAUUCAUAAGAUCUGAUUUAUACAAAACAUGUUUGGCAGCUGAACAACAGAAACAACCAUUACCAUAUCCUGGUCAUCAACUAGACCCAAGUUUGCGAACCUCAAUGGAAAUGUGCGAAAAAUCUGCAGCUAUGGCCACAUCAUCAAAACUAAAGAAAUCUCUUUCAAACGCCGAAGACCGCCGAAGAAAAUCAUUGCUUCCAUGGCACCGAAAGACACGAUGCAAAUCAAAGGAUCGCAAUGAAGAAUUUCUACGCAAUGAAUCAAAUAAAAAUACAACACCGGCCAAUCAACAUUUGAACAAAAAUGUACAUCAAUCACAAAAUGAUAUACACAGUUCACGUAGCUCUUUAUCUUCAUUUGAUGCUGUGAUUUCGUCAAGAGCAAAUGGCUCAAUUUCACCGGUGGGUUCCGGCGAUGAUUCACCGCCACGUAGUUCUUUGUGCCGUGUGAUACUGUCAGAUGGUGCUACAACAAUUGUACAAACCAGACAUCAUGAGAGUAUUCGUACUUUAAUCGAUCGAUUGCUGGAGAAAAGGGGAAUUUUCUAUGAGGCAUAUGAAGGAUUCAUAGCCGGCACAAAUAAACCGAUUGAUCUUAAUGUGGCAAGCACAUCAGUGGCCGGCAAAGAAAUAUUAAUUGAGCAACGUGUCGUUUUUAAAUUGGAUUUGCCAAAUAAAAAAAUCAUUUCGGUGAAAAGUAAACCAUGCAAAAUGAUGAGCGAAGUUCUCAAACCAAUUUUGCAAAAAUACAAUUAUCAUCUGGAUAUGGUCACGGUGUACACCAAAACCAAUUCAGAGCCAUUACCAAUGAAUGCUCCAGUUACGUGUGCCGACGGUCUUCGUUUGCAAGUCGUAUUUAAUGACGACGUUCAGCAGGAAACUACGCUUAACGAGAUUACCAAUAAAGUAUUCAAUGAGUUAAUGCAGAAAAAGACUGAUUUACAGUCAAAAAACAUGGACAUUAGUCAAGGUUCCUCUUUACAAAUAAAUCAACAACAACAGCAACAACAGCAUAUACCAAAUCAGUCGGAUGACUGGUGUUCAGAGAGCAGCUCAGGAAAUUUUGGACAAUUAAGGCAACCAAUUGGUAAGGGUCGUUCUCUCGUCCCCAUAAAUAAACAGAGAAAAUUCUCUGUAACACCAUCAUCAUCGAAUGUUUCAAUAUUAACAUCAGCCAGCUCAAAAGAUAACACAAGCACAUCAUCAAAAACAAUAACCGAUGGAAGCAAUUCGUUGACCAUCAAUAUUGUGUCAAAUGAUGAAGCCAAUAAAAAGCCGCUUAUUGCUAAAUGGAAAACUGGUGUUCGAGUACAGAACGCAUCCUCACCCACCACAACGCCGGAGAGUAAAGAUCUGCUCGAAGGAUUGAAACGUGCUCAGCGCUUUCGAUUAGAAGAUCAGCGCGGUACGGAGAUAAAUUUUGAAUUGCCGGAUUUUUUAAAGGAUAACAAAUGGAAAAAUAGAAAAUCAUCAUCAACUGAUGCAUCAAAUUCAAGAGAUAUUAGUGACAGUGAAACGAAUAAAAAACCAGCCGGAAAAGCACCACAACCAGCACCCAGACUCUCAAUAAAUCGAAACAAUUCACACGACAACAGUGUAUACUCCGAUGGAGAUAAACAUCAAGACCCAUAUAGUUCACAUAGUCAAGGAUCUGAACAAAGUGAUAGUUCACCACAAAAGUAUACGAAUGGAACGGUGCCACCACCAUUGCCACCAAAGCCAAAAAUCAAGCCAUCGUCUUGGGCUGGUAAUAGCAAUUGGCAAUUAAAUGAUGCAAUAAAACACGAUGGAAAUACAAGCGAUUCACAACAGAAUCUCUUAGCUCACAGCAUACGAAAUGUAAAGGCGCCAAUAGCCGAUCGAAUCAAUAUGCUGAGUGCAACAAUGGCCGAUAAAAAGAUGACACAACCCCGUACUAUUUAUUUCGAUCGAAUGAACAGUAGUUUUGUGUGAAUUAAAAAUUCCAUUUCAUAGUUAAAAAUUUUGCAAUGAAUUUAUGCUGUCAUAAGAUUUUGUGAUCAGAAAGUUUAUAAUUUUAUCAAAAGAAAUUAUCAUCGUCGAUUGGAUCGAUGCUUUUUUAUGAGUUAUUUUUUGAAAAUAAAUUCACUGUCUUCGCCAUUCUUUUUUUAAAAACGAACCGAAUAUAUUUUUACA